AAACUUUUCUUGCGUACGCUCAUAAAAUAUGAGAUUCUAUUUGGUUUUAAUGUAAAAAAAAACAACUGGAAGGGGGAGGGGUAAACUCAGUCUACCUACAUUCACCUAAGACUAAGACUGCUUUAAUGAUACUUACGGAAAUUUGUUGUGAUUACAACAAGGACUCGUUUCUCAUAUAAAGACAACACAACAGAAACAUACACAUAAAUACAACAGACAACAUAAAGAGUUCAUUCAGCGACUACACACAGGUAUCUUGGUGCAUUUCAUGUUCCCUGAUCAAUGAGUGGCGGUGAUAGAGUCUGACCGAGUGAGGUACGAACAAGUUUUUGUACCGCUCCAUUCUUGUUUUGAUUGACAGCAGUCGCUCACUUCGCAACGACCUGGCAUAGUUCUGAUGGAGCGGGUGGCCGUUGUCUUCCAAGAUUUUUUCGAUUUUUCUUAGGCACGUUUGUUCAAAAAGUUCCUUUAAAUGUGGUAAUGUUGUGAGUGUAAUUUUUGAUGCUUUUUUAAUGAUGUUUUCUAGACGUCGCAACAGUUUAGAUGAGGCGUUGCCUUGCCAACAACUUAUUCCGUAUGUUAGCAGAUUUUUUACAGUUGCGGGGUAAAAUGUCUCAAGGAUCUUCUUGUUUAGUUUAAAGCUAUUGAGUUUGUAUAGAAAAAAGAGUCUCUGGGCUGUUUUCUUUGUCAGAGUUCCAAGGUGGUCUUCCCAUGAAAGAUUGUUGUUGAUGAUAACGCCUAGAUAUUUAUAUGCCUUUACUUGUUCUAUAGAUGUAGUGUUUAUUUGCAGUUCACGUAUAGUUUGUUUUUUCUUUCUAAAAUCUAUUAUAAGUUCUUUAGUUACAUUCAGUUCUAAAACGUUGUCGGUGCACCAGUUUGUAAACUCUUCUAUCGAGCUUCGAUACUGAGUUUCGUCUCCUGAAAUAAGACCGACUAUGGCAGUAUCAUCAGCAAAUUUAAUGAGUUUAACUGAGUCAUAGAUGCUUCUUAUGUCAUUAGUGUAAAGAGUGUAUAGUACAGGAGAAAGUACACAACCUUGUGGAGCACCCGUACAUAGUACUCGAGUUGACGAUUUGUUGUUGACUUUAACAUACUGGGGCCGUUGGGGUUAAAAAGUUUAGAACCCAUGCUUGUAAGUAAGGGCUUACAUUUAAGUUACUCAGUUUGUUUAUCAUUAGAUGUGGCUGUAUGGUAUUGAAAGCCGAGGAGAAAUCUACGAAGAGGACUCGUGCAUAUGUUUUGGGUAUAUCGAGAUGCUUAUAAAGCUGGUCCAAAAGCAAUAGGAUGGCAUCCUCAGUUCCUCUAGCUGCUUUGUAUGCAAAUUGAUGUGUGGAAUUACGCAAGUUUGCAAUGACUGGUUAAAGAUAUGACAGAAGAUAGAAGAGAUUUGCUCCGCACAUAGCUUGAUCAGCUAUUUUGUCUGGUCCAGAAGCUUUUGUUAUGUCUACACUUUUAAAUAACAAGGAAAAAUCAUAUUAGGAACUAUUUGUAAACCAAGAUGUCUGCUAAAGAUGAUGUGUACCCUGGGAAUUUUAAAAUUCAAGGACAAAGUCAUUCUAAUGAGCAUAUAACUCAUCAGCUGGUUUAUGCAGAGAGGCAAUCCAAACAAAUUCAAAUAUAUACAGACACAUUCUCUGCUUCAUCAAUUUUAAACAGCCAUGAAUUUAUUCAUUCUUCUAGAAAAACAAUAAAAUGUGAAAUGCUUCAAAAAGAAAUGACUCUAUCUACAAACCGCAAAAGAACAGAAUCAAUUCAUUCAGGUAAACAAAACUUUCAGUGUGACUUGUGUCAAAAACAAUUGUUUUCUAAGUCAUACUUAAAAGUUCACCUUGCAGUUCAUAUUGGAAUAAAGUUAUUUAAAUGUAACAUUUGUAAAACAAAAUUCAGUUAUUUUGCAAACUUAAGAAAACAUGAGAUCGUUCGUUCUGUGGAAAUACCCUUUAGAUGUCAAUUUUGCCAAAAAGAAUUUUGUAAUUUGACAGAGAUAGAACACCAUGAGUUGAUUCAUUUUGGGAAAAGGCCAUUAUUAAAGUGUGACAUAUGUCAAAAACAAAUGUUUAGUUUAUCACGUUUAAAAAACCAUCUAGCAUUUCAUUGUGCAAUAAAACUCUUUGAAUGUCACAUUUGUCAGAAAGUGUUCAUUAAUAUGAAAACUGUGAAACGACAUGAAAUUAUUCAUACUGGGAUAAAGCCAUUUAAAUGUAACUUUUGUCAAAAAGAAUUUAUCCAGUCCUCUGACUUAAAAAGACAUCAGAUCAUUCAUUCUGACAAAAAGCUAUUUAGAUGUAACAUUUGUAAAAAGGAAUUUAAAAAAUCCAGUAGCUUAAAAUUCCAUGAGAUAAUUCAUUCUGAAAAAAAUCCAUUUCAAUGUAACAUUUGUCAAAAAGAAUUUACAUACUCCAACAGUUUGAAGAGUCAUGAAAUAAUUCAUUCAGGAAAAAAGCCUUUUAAAUGUAAUAUUUGUCAAAAAGAAUUUACACACUCUAAAUCUUUAAAAAGCCAUGAAAAAAUUCAUUCUGGAAUAAAAUCAUAUAAAUCAUGUAGCAUUUGUCAGAAAGAAUUUGCAACUUCCUCCAAAUUAAAAAGACACGAGAUAUCUCAUUCAGGAAAAAAGCCAUUUAAAUGUAAUAUUUGUCAAAAAGAAUUUACUCAGUCUUCCAACUUAAAAAGACAUAAGAUAACUCAUUCUGGAAUAAAGCCAUUUAAAUGUAACUUUUGUCAAAAAGAAUUUACACAGUCCUCCAAAUUAAAAAGACAUGAAAUUAUUCAUGAUGGAAAAAGCCAUUAAAAUAAAAAAAAAAUGUGUCAAAAGUGAUUCACACAGUCCUCCAGGUUAUAAAAACCCAUGAGAUAUAUCCUUCUGGAAAAAAACAAACAUUUAAAUUUUUGUCUAAAUGCAUUCAAACAUUCCUUGAGCUUUAAAAUCCAUGCAAGAAUUCAUUUCUUUUAAAUGCAACAUAUGUCAAAAAAGAUUUUUUGUUUCUGCCAACUUUAAAGCCAUAUGAUGAUUCAGGGUCUUAAGGAAAAAGAGUAUUGGAAUGUCAAAUUUGCCAAAAAGAAUUUGUUCAAUCUUCAAACUUGAAAUGCCAUUAGAGGUCUCAUUCUGGAAAGAAAUGCUUUAAAUAUAAAAAAGAAUUCAUACCAUGAUUUUAUUGCAUUCUGUGAGCAAGUGUGAAAUUUGUCACUAAAUGCUUAGUUUAUACAUCUUGAACAUUUAUCUAAGAAGUCAUUGUGAAAAUUAAAAAAAAUAAAUGUUCUAUUUACUGAAAAGAGUAAUUGUAUCUUCAAGUUAAACUUAAAACCCCAUGAUGUGAUUCAUGCCAGGAAAAUGCCCUUUUCUUCAAAUGCUUUUAUUUUUAAAUUAAAACUUAGAACACCAUUCUGACAUAGAGCCAUUUUAAUGCCAGUAUCAAAUUUAUCAAAAAGAAUGUAACUAUUUCUGAUUUUUCAUUCUAAGAAAGAAAAAGUGUACUAUGUGUCAACAACAUGAUUAGUAAUUGAAAUAUGCAUAAGACAUAAUUAUCUUUCUUUUUAAAGGAACAUAUGUAAUGUUUAAGAUACUGUAUAUGAAAGCUCAUUUUGGAAUACCUUUUGGAAUAAAAGAAAUAAACCUGUUUAAAUGUCGGAAAGAUUAUAGUUUCUCUACAACCAUAACACCACAGUGAAUCAAGUCUUAUUUAUUAGAAAUGUUUUUAACUUCUGAAGACCUCAAAUGGCAUAAGAUGAUGAAAUGUGGAGAAUAUGCCUAAUCCAAUAGUUAGAAAUGAAAUUCAUUCAAAUAUUAAACUCAAAAUAGCAAAUUUAGGUGUGGUUGUUUUAAAAUCUUUUUUUUUUAAAUAAUAUUUAAAAUAUAUUAUAAAAAAAACAAAAAAAAAAUAUGUAAUACACUAAUUUACUAUGGUAGGAAAUAAAUUUACUGUGUUUAAAAGCCGUAUAAAAUUGUAGUCUCCUUUUUGAAAAGAGUUCAUUAGAUAAUUUAUUGUGACAAAAAAAAAAGGCGUUUAAAUGUCAUUAUGUAUUGUGCUAUAUAAUUUACUAUCUUAUAGUGAAAAUAUCCAAUAGAAGGCAAUUAUUUUACUAUUUAAAUGUCAUUAUGUAUUGUGCUAUAUAAUUUACUAUCUUAUAGUGAAAAUAUCCAAUAGAAGGCAAUUAUUUUACUAUUUAAAUGUCAUUAUGUAUUGUGCUAUAUAAUUUACUAUCUUAUAGUGAAAAUAUCCAAUAGAAGGCAUCUAUCUAUGCCAUGUAAAUGUCAUUGCGUAUUGUGCUAUAAAAUUUACUAUUUUGAGUGAGUGGUUUACAUUUUGAUGACAUGCUAUGUAAAUAUUUUUGUUAUAAUAGUGUACACACAUUUCAGAUAUGUCAUGGUUCCACUUUUUGCUGUAUUCUGUGACGGUACUGGUUUAUGUUUAUUGACUUAUUCAUAUUAUUAAUAUUUAUCUAAAUAUUAAAAGUUCUGUACAAACAUCAUAAAGGUUUUCAGUUAGGCGCCUCCUACCAUCUUAAUGAGUUAUUUUCAUCCAAUAAAAUAAAUUAAUCAGAUGAUUGGAAGAGUCAUUCUGAAUUUGCAACA